AUGUCGGUUUUAUUCCAUGUGAUUGCAGUCAUUUCAAUGCUAUCGAUCAGUUCUCUCGGACUUGCAGUAAACAUCUAUCUUUUCCAAAAGUUCUCCAACAAACCAGGCAAAGCAAGUGCAUUCCACAAACUGUGUCUUGUGAAAACGAUCCCAAAUUCAAUUGUCUGUGCCUCAUUUCUUUUAUGGGUGGUCCCUUUGUCUGUCAUUCAACCAGAUUAUCAGAAUAUUCCAAGAAUUAUCAAUGUUUUCGUGGGACAAGUAGCAGGGUUCGGUGCAUAUGUCACAGGUCCUAUACUUGAACUUUUUAUGUCUCUGAAUCGCUUCGCAGCUCUAUAUUUUGCUACAAGACGUCUCAGAGUCAACGAUUUUCCUCUAACAGGAAUCGCCAUAAUUGGUGCUUUCGGAGUAGCUGUUCUCUAUACAGCUCUUGGAUUCAGAACCGACUGUGGUUUUGUAUUUUAUCCAUCCACGUUUACAUGGGAUAAAGAGUAUACAAAUUGUGCAACAGGAAUGUCUACUUUAAUAUUUUAUACAGUAGUAGCAGUUGCCACGUGGACGAAUUCACUGAAUGUAGCCACUGCUUUCAAAUUAUCCAUAGAUAAAGUUGGAGGAAUGAGCCAAUCGGACGCACAUCGGAGAAGGAAAAAGCUGAUUUUGAUGUUCACACAGUGUUCCAAAAUCAUGUUGGCUCUUUUUCCUCUUCUGGCUGUCAUUUCAAUGCUUCUUACGAGUUUCAUUGGAUUCGUUGUCAGUGUCUCAAUAUUUUUGAGGUUCGCCAGGAAAACAGGAGAAUUCAGUGAUUUCCAUAAGUUCUGUUUGAUAAAAACAAUUCCGGAUAUAUUCGUCUGUGGAGCUUUCUUGUUCUGGGUUGUUCCUGUCACUGCACUUUCUUUGACUUAUGCAAAAGUCCCUUAUCUACCGAACGUAUUCAUCGGACAAAUCGCAAGUGGCGGGGCCUACAUUCUAGGAGCAAGUAUUCAGAUGUGUAUGGCUGCUAAUCGGUUUUUUGUAAUAUACUUCCCAUUCCGACAACAUAAAACAAAGAGGUCUUACGCCACGUAUUGUGCUAUUACAGUAUGCCUUGGAUUGGCAGUCACUUACACCUUACUCGGUCUCAGAAAACUAUGUGCAUAUGUGUAUGAUCCUGAAAUCUUUGGUUGGAGAGUUGAAGAAUCUGAGUGUGCAGAUCAAAUGACAACUCUAAUUUUCUGGUCAAUCAUUGUCUUAGCAGUCACUUCAAACACCUUCAACAUUGCAACAGCAAUGAAAUUCUUGUGUUCUCGUGUAUCGGGAAUCCGUCAAGCCGAUGCUGCCCGCCGUCGUAAGAAGAGAACAUGGCUUUUCGUGCAAUGUGUUAUUCAAGAUUGCCUCCAUUUGACCGAUCUUGUCAAUAGUAUUUUCCUCUUUCAACUCAGCGAGGCAGUCUGGUUCCGUUAUAUAUUUCUAUGCUAUUCAUUUCUUGCUAUUCAUGCUGCGGAUGGAAUUGUUAUGCUCUGCUUCAACCCGGAAGUCCAACCGAAAUGGUUUCGUGCCAUUGGAAAUAGUCGUCAUUUAUCUAGAACUGGCGUCGUUGUUGUCUCUUCACAUCAUUCGAUCCCGAGAGAAAUGACAAAUGUUGCAUGA